CUGGACGAUAGAUAUUGGAUUUUUUUUUCCUUUUAUGCUGUUUGAGUUUCGUCCGAGAGGGCUUUGUCGACAGCCUCUGUUGGCAUCAACAUAGCUAGCUUACUGCACUACACGCUCAUUUACAAUAAUUGUACACACUAACAUCUUUGGCUUCAGAUGUGUGAGGGACCGUCAUCCAUAUCGGGCCCGAUCCCUCCGGAUCCUUCUCUGUUUCCUCAGUACUACAGACGACCUGCUUCAGCUCGUGGUCGUUUGGAGGGAAACCACAAUGGGACUUUGGGUUUGCUCUCUGGGCCCCUCGCUCCAGAUCCCGCGUUGUACCCUGGUUGCUACAGUGCCCGUACCCCUAGACAUCCACCCCGAAUCAACCCUAAUGCCACCCAUAUUUUGGAAAGAGGACAGAGAGGGGUAGUUGGGGAGCUACUGAAACUAGACGGUGUCUCUAUCACCCCUGUACCCAAACCGAAGCAUCGGGUACAGGAUUUUGGUAAAGAGAAUGUGCGCCGGCUCAGAGAGAUCCAGAGACGUUGCAAAGAGCAUGAGGCUGAGAGAGCACAGUCUCGACCAGUUCCAGUGAAAGCUCUUUGGACCUCCUCAAAGUAUCAGAACGUUUCAUCCAGGGUGAUGACCCAGCCACAGGUUUCCAGUACAAAUCCUAAACCACAGUGUCAAAACUUUCUGAAGGCUCAUACCAAAGGUGGAUCUGCUGCUCCACCAAGGCCAGAGUCCAAAACCUCUCUGACAUCUUUGAAAUGCCCGACAUCCUGCAACUCUAUAGAGGACCAGAGCUUGCAAUUGCAGGUGCAAGGUCAGACCAUAGACUUCAUAAAACAUAAUGCCCGGGCAGCAAGCAAAACUGUGCUACGUCGUUCCCAAUCACUGACAAACCUCAAAAAUAAGCCAAUCCCCAGUGCAGUCAAGGGUCAGGUGCCUCAGUAUAUUGAGGAAAGGAAAGAGCAGUGGCAAAAAGAGGAGGAGGAGAGGAGACGAAAUGCACCAGAUCCUUCAGCCCCAGCUGGUCACACACUGAUGCCUGAAAAUGAGAGACAGGAGACGCUGAAAUCCCUUAAAGAGACCCAUCGCUCCUUGGUCACUGAGCUGCUGUCACUGCCUCUUAAAGCUGACAGUCUGAGUGUUUGCUCACGUCGGGCCCAUCUUGAUACCAGGCUUUCUAAAAUUGAGGAGGCCAUUAAAAUAUUCUCCAGGGACAAAGUUUAUAUUAAAAUGGAUUCCUGACACACAAA